AUGGCACACUCGCCGACAACAAACCAGGUUUCAAGGGCGAGUAUUUUCAUACGCCAGACUCGCUCUGGCGAGCCCUUCUUCGUCGACCACCUCAACCGGGGAUGUUCUACGAGCUUGAUGAUCGAGGCUGCACCAGGCGCCAAGUCGGCGCGGUAUACCACCAGAUACACCCCUCCCAGCUCAGGUAACCACUAUCUCAGCUUUUCAGGAAUCGGUCCCAGCAAGCUCUUCAUAAACGGGCAGCUGCCCUACGAUAUUGUUAUUGAGUCUGUCCCAUCACCCGUGGCCAACAGCGACUUGCACCUCAUGCUCAACAUAAUCUCGGGCCACAUUGGGCUCGUCACCGAAGCCGAGAUGGAGGCCGACCUCCUCGCGGAAGCUGUGAGCAUCGCUUCGUCCGCGGACGCGGUCAUCUGCUGCGUUGGCAGCACCGUGCAAUGGGAGACCGAGGGCCAAGACCUCGCGACCAGGCGGUCGCCAAACGAGACCAGGUCGCAGGAUAGACUAAUUGCGGCAGUGGCGGCCGCAAACCCGCGCACGAUCGCCUGGUAUGCGGGCCAGGAGACGGGCAAUGCCAUCGCCAAUGUAUUGCUCGGCGAAGUGAACCCCAGUGGAAAGCUGCCUGUUUCCUGGCCUCGCCGAAUCGAAGACACUCCGUGCUACGGGAAUUUCGGGCUCGACUCGUACGACUCGCUCGAGGUUGAGUAUGUCGAGGGUGUGUUCGUCGGCUAUCGUCACUAUGAUCAGAAAUACGGCUCUGAUGAGGAGGUAUCGUUCCCCUUUGGAUACGGAUUGUCCUUUGUGACUUUUGCCGUGAAUCCGACUCGCAUCGAGGGGCUCAUCUCACCACCCCUUGACAAGGCGCGCGCGAAUAACAAUAAUACCAGCCUCAUCUCCGUGACAGUCUCUGUCCGGAACAUAAGCACGGUCCUGGGCGCAGAGACUGUCCAGGUGUAA